AAGAGUCCAACCAACCACCCAAGAGACAUACAUUCUCCAGCGGUCGAUCGAGAUGGGGGAUCAGGGCAAUGCCUCGUCGUCAACGUCGUGCCGCGGCCGGCGGGGACCGGCAGGGUUGGGGCUGGCGCUGGCCCGGCUGGUGCGGAGGCGGAGCAAGAUGCUCGUAUGCACGACGGCUCCCACGGCCGUGUCGUCCCGGUGCCGCCAGUACGACCCGCUCAGCUACGCGCGCAACUUCGACCGCGACGGCUUCGGCUCCGCGCUGGACGACGAUGUCUCCGGCGCCGGCCACCUCUGCCACCACUACACCUUCGCCUCGCGCUUCGUGCUCGGCUCCUCCCCCGACGCCCGGCGGCCGCAGUAGGCCGGCCGGCUGGCUGGAGAUCGAGCCGCUCGCAUGUAGCACUAGCUAGUAGCUAGGCAGCUAGCUUAGCGUGGUAGCCAUGAGAAUUGCGCCGCCCUAUUUUGUUUCGUUCUUUAUUUAUCCCCCAACCGUGCCGCAACUAGCUAGGCCCUGCAGGCGAUUGUGUUCAUAUGUGGGGUGGAUUAUGAUAUAUGAUGGCUGUACUCAGUGGCGAAUCUACAGAGAAAAUGGAGGGUGGGCUGGGUUGCCUAUGUCAUGCGAAUAUAUGUUGUAUUUGG